AUGAGCCAGCAAGCUACUGCCCUACAUCAACGCGUCGAAGAAGAUCUGUUGUCAGCUCCUCCAGAGAUAAAUGCCCCGCAGUUUGAUCCAAUCUUAAGCAACAGGGACCUACGCGAAGCUCAGUCAUAUGACUGUCUACUUGAGCCUGGAGUAGUUGUUGACAGUCCACCCCUCGGAAUUGGCGAGAUCUCAUUAUCUUGCUCUACCGGGUUUGACGAACCCCGAGAGCAGUUACGUAUUUAUUUUAGAGCCCACGCCACAACAUACGAAUUCUUGGAUCGAGACGAAGUGGACAACUGGCUGCGUACCUUGGAAAAAAAUUUGCGAUGUAAUAUCCCUGCCUGGUUUGGGAUCGGUACAAGUAGAGCGUCUGUUGUUUUCGCAAUUCUAGCCAGCGUUGUGGCGCAUACAACAAUCCCUCGCGAUGAACCGUCCAGCAAGCGGAUGUGUCUAUCACCCACCCUGGCCGACAAAUUGCUGGUUAUUUCUCAGCGGCUUCUUCUUGCGGAUAGACGGGCUCUCACUCUUGAGAAAGCUCAGGCGAGGCUAGUUCAAACCAUGUACUUGUUAAGAACGUCACAACUAGACAGUGCUUGGUCGGUCUUCAGAGACACUUUGCAGGCAAUCGAUGCUCUGCAACUCCAUUACAACUUAGACCCGACUGCAGUUGACUGCGAUGAAUUCCCGAUGCGAAGCGCCAUUAUUCGCACAAUUUUUACGGGAUGUAUUCUGGAUACUUAUAUUUCCUCAUUUUUUGGCCUGCCUCGGUACUUCAGCAACGACUACAUCAGAAUGAUGACGGAAGAUUUGACGCUCUCCUUUGGGGAUCAAGACGUCUGUGGUACACAGCUGCUAGUUUUGAUCAGCCAAAUAUUCGCCUCAACGCCCGCAGAAUCGAGACAUGAUGGACAAAGCUCGGAGUCCCAAGGAGUUGCUACUGCUACUUCAUUAAUGCAGAGUGUCUAUGAGUGGGACAUGGACGCCUCCACGUAUGUUGAGUCAAUUCAGUCAUCUACAGAGACUCCAGGCUAUGGAAGACAUACUGUAAUGCUCACACUCGCGCGUGCACAUGCCGUAAUGCAUAUUAAUCGCAACUUUCUCCUUAAGGGGCCAACUUGGGCGCAUAAGACACAAGUGGAUGAUUGCAUCGCCGCAGCUAAGGCUGCUUUGCAAACUGUCCACUCUCUGAUACAGGAAGAUUUGAUCUCGCACUUGUCCUGGUGGACUCAUUACAUCACAUUCGCUGCACUAACGGUCAUAUAUGUCCGUGUUUUGCAUGAGCGCCGGUUGGGUCAAGCAUUCACGACUCAUAAACUAGGCAGGGAAAUGGAGACGGCUUCAGAGUGCUAUGAAUAUCUCGCUAAGGCGACGUCGGGAAAUCCUCCCAGACGGCAAUAUGCCAUGGUUCUGAAUGAUUUCCAUCAUGCCGUAUUUAGACAGUACACUUUUCGGCAUGCCGUGAAUUGCUCAGCAGAUGAGAGUCCACGGUCAGCUCCUUAUUAG